AUGCUCAAGUGGCUCUGGAAAUCACCGUCGGAUAAAGAAAGACCGCUAACGACGGAGAUCAAUUCGCCAGUUAUACUCUUAGUUGGAAAAACAGGUGCCGGCAAGAGUACGUUGGGAAAUCAUUUGUUAAGAAUCUCAGAAGAUAAAACUUUCGUCUUUGAGGUCUCCGAAAAUAAAUUUGAAUCGUGCACUAACCAAUCUAGUUACGCGGUUUACAAAAUUGGUAACAAAGAAUAUAACAUCAUCGACACACCUGGGGUUUUUGAUACCGACAGGCCAAAUGAAGAAAUCAUGACAGAAAUCGCGCGCACCGUACAAAAAUGUGCUCAUGGGAUCAAGGCCAUAUUAUUUGUUCUUGAAGCUAAAAGGUUAACGGAUGAGCAAAUAAACGUGAUCAAUGGUAUAAUUACGUUUUUCGGAGAAAAGGCCUUUCUAUACAUGAUUACUGUCUUCUCGUUUUGUGACAAGAAAGAAACAACAAACACUAAAAAUUUUGAAAUGUCUUGGAAUGAUAAGGUUCGCAUGCUCGUCAAUCGUAUGGGUAAUCGGUGGGCCAUUUCUCCGAAUUCAGACAUCUUUCCCCCUGGUCAACAAAUACAUAAAGAAUGUUUAAAAAAUUUAGAAAAUAUUAUUUAUAACCUAAAUGGAAUAUAUACAAAUGAAUUGCUCGAAGAGACACGAAAGAAGCAAGAAGAACUUGCGCGGAUUGCAAGGGAGAAACAAGAAAAGAGGCAGAGAGAAUAUGAUGAGAUUAAAAGAAAAGAAGGUAAAGCAAUAGCAGAAGCAGAAUACUCAAAAAAGAAGGCAGAAGAUGAUGAAAUUGUACGUAUUGAAAAUGAAAAACAGCUUAAAAUACUUGAGAAUAAAUUAGUUAAGCUUGAAACAGGAAGAAUCAUUCGAAUGUCAGAACUUCAAGUAGGAGAUCGAGUGUUGUCAAACAUCAGAAAUGGUAUUGAAGAGUUUUCAGAUGUUUACCUUAUCGCUCACAUUGGUAAACUCGAUUAUGAAGAAAAAUUUACCAAGAUAAGCUUCACCAAACCAAACGGCUAUAAAGAUCAAUUACGGCUCACAACCACUCAUUCUCAUUAUGUCUUCAUUGAAAAUUUAUCCAUCAUGUUUGCCAAAGAUUUACAUCCAGGAAAAACCAAGAUUUUAGUAUCUGAUGGUAAUAAUAAACUUGUUCCGGUCAUUGUGGAUGAUAUAACGAAUGAAUGGCACGAUGAAUAUAUUAGUUUUUACACUAGGGCAGGAUCAGUUAUCGCCGAAGGCGUAUUAAGUUCUUGUUACGACGAUUGCCCUCCUUCUCAGUCGCUCAUGUACCUUGUUUUUUUACCAGUACGCUGGUGGACCUUUUUCAAACCAAGCACGCAUCGCGAAAGCCGCCUUCAUCCCUAUGUUCAGUUCUUGGAAACGGCAUAUUUUUCUUUUAUCAAUUUAUUUGUGCAAUAA